GGAAGGUUGACGAUGCCUCGUCCAUAUGAAUCAUUUUUACGCAAUAAUUUAGAUAACAUAUUUUUCCUCAAGAUUCGGCCUUAGCCUCACAUUCCAGCUUCACGAUGUUGCGCUUCCUGCUGCUGUUCAGCCGGCAGGGGAAGCUCCGACUGCAGAAGUGGUUCACUCCGGUGACAGAGAGAGAGAAGAAGAAGGUGAUCAGGGAAAUGACUCUGAUGGUGCUGGCUCGCCCUCCCCGCUCCUGUAACUUCCUCCACUGGAGGGACCUCAAGAUUGUUUACAAGAGGUAUGCCAGCCUCUACUUCUGCUGUGGUCUGGAGGACCAGGACAAUGAACUGUUGACCUUGGAGGUGCUGCACCGAUAUGUCGAGCUGCUGGACAAAUACUUUGGCAACGUGUGUGAGCUGGACAUCAUCUUUAACUUUGAGAAGGCCUACUUCAUCCUUGAUGAGUUCCUGAUGGGAGGAGAGAUCCUGGAGACCUCCAAGACAGCUGUGGGCAUUGCUAUGGAGGAGGCAGAGACACUACAAGAGACAAUGGAGGAGUAUAUGAGUAAACCGACCUACUGAACCAAUAACAGUCGAACCUUAAGACUGAAGAAUCCUUUCCUCAGUUGCCAUAAGUGCCACAACAUUUAACCUAUUAAACUGUAAUACACUCUUCCAUUCAGACAUCACACAUAGUAAUACACUCUUCCACUCAGACAUCACACAUAGUAAUACACUCUUCCA